AUGCCCCGUCUAAAGAGAGAUACUUCACUAUGGCGAGCUCGAAUGGAAAGGGCAAAGAAUCAGACUGGGCCAGGCCAUCCGGCUUCGAUGUCGGUGUUACAGGUGGCUACUGCUGAAGAAACAUUCGCUUCACCCGACCAACAAGACGCCAAUUCUUCAAAUACGUCCACGACUCAUAUUUCACAAAGUGUAACAAGAUCCAAGAGCCGCCAUGGUGGAGCUUCUCCAUGGGUCCGCCGUACCACACGCAAUGUGAACGAGGUCUCUACUGGCCAAGUCCCAACGGAAGAGGAGCAAUUGCAAGCUGCUCUGGCUGAGUCUUUGGCACAAGAACCCGCAAGACCCGCCCAGAAAGACCCUGUAAGAGAGACACGGAAGAGGAAGUCAAAGUCCAGGGGUCCUCUGACUUCGCAGAAAGCGCAGGAAUCAUUACGUCGACUCCCUGGACAGCACACUGCUCUGAAGCUACCAAAAUUAAGAAUUACAAACGACAGGAUAGUGGUUGUCAGGGAAGUAGACAGCCUAGCACAAUCGCUGGAUACUGAAAAACCAUUGGAUGCUUUCGAUCUUGAGAAAGCCAAAGAACUCGAACACCAACAGCAACUCCUCUUUCUGUCCAAUCUCGAACGACAGGAAGGCUACAUACGCCCUGCUCAAGGUGAGCAUGAAAGCGCGAUGCGAAGCACACUUGCUCACGAUGUGGAUAACGAUGACUUCACUGCUGCAUUCAUCCUAAGGGCGAUGGCAAACAGCGACAUCACUGCUGAUCCCGACAGCAUGGGUUUCGUCCAGAGACUCAUGAACCCAUCCGCUCCUGGAACGACUUUGGAGUCGACCAACUCCGCUAAGAAUGAAAAACCGCGCGAGGUUAUACCCCUUCGUCGUUCGACACGAAAGAAACCUGCCGCUGAUCCCGAGGCCGGAAACUCGUCUUCAAAGGCCAUCGAAACCGAGAAACCAGCACCUGAGCCCUUAAGGCUAGACGAGGCUGAUCUUGCUGGUCAGAAGACUUUUCUCAAUAAGAGCUUAAGAGUUCUGGGUACCAAACCGAAGGGCAACGCCGCAGAUCAGAUGGUUAAAGAAAUGGAAAUCGAACAUGCGCAAACACAGCAAGACGUAGAGAUGGCUAUGGAGGAGGAGGACAGGUGGAAUGAGCUUUGGGGCGUUGAGGAAUGGGAGGAGUAG